ACACAUCCUCCAAUCAUCUUUUCCACACGUUUAUUUGGACACUUUAUUAAAGCUCAAAUCAAUCGUCUCCUUUCCGACCUGACUGCACGUCUUAAGCGCGCAUCAGAGAUGGCUUCACGCCUGGCUCUUUCACAGCCCCAACACAAAGGUCCAAUCGUCGAUGCCUCAAAAUUCGAGUGUCCCAUUACUCAACUUACCAAGACCGAUACAUUUGAAAAAAACGACAUUUCUGAGUGGCCGAAAAAUUCCCCUCAGGUAUUUCUAUCCAUUCCACAGACAGGCGAUUCUACUGGUGGUAUUAAUGUGAGUUCCUCAAUCUCCUGUUUAUCCAAUCUUACUGACGAUUUAAGUCCUGGAAUGGCUCGGUGGAUUUGUGCUGCUGCUAUGUGUCAUGUCAAGCAGAUCGCGGUUGGUAGACCAACAUGGCCGAUGAUAGCUUCAGUCAGCGAGUUAAGUCAAUCUUCCCCUUCAUGGGAUAUGGAAUAUGCUGUAGCCUGCCCAUACAUACUUCAGAGCGCUCAAACGCCAACUACCACAGUUGGCGUCAUUGAUACAGUCUCUAAAUGUUCAAAUAAGAAUGAGACAGAAGAUUUUGACAAGUUAGAUUCGAUGGAUCACUCAUUUUCUUCACAAGGAAGACAUAACCUCAUGACAACAACUGCAAGAGAUUGGGCCGACCAUCCCGGUCUGCGACAUGAAUUCUCCCGGUUCUUUUUUUCCCAGUUAGAAGAUCAAAUGAUGGAAAAGAUAAGACCGUAUGAAGGACUAAGGAUUUCCAAGUGCCUUGGAAGCCUCAUGAAGGAUUUGGCUAAAUUACUUACCGAAGAGCUGACAUUUUUUCAUCUUAUGACAUGCGGAAAUGAUUUAAUGAACCAUACCGGUGGGGUUAGUACAGAAAAAGAUGCAUCUGAUUCAUGCCCAACGGAUCAGCCCUGUUCUGAAACCAACUUUAUCCCAAUUUCUUCUGCAAGCGUCUUCUUAACCAGUGCCUUGUCAAGCCAAACUGAGGUUGCAUAUUCAGACGCGAAGGCUAAUCGGCCUAGAAAUUAUCAAACUGCAGUAAUGCAUUAUCGCCGUAAGCAGAGUAUACCUGGUGGCACCGAACAGCAUUCCUCGUCACGACUUGUGCCUUACGAAGUCAGUCCUAUCGCAUUCCAGGUAAUUUUAUUGUAUGAUCCGGUUAGUAUUCGGGCUGGGCUAUAA